AAACCAAAUUCAAUGGUCUCUCUUUCUGUUUCUCCCACCGACCCUUGAACCUUUGAAUCCAGGUACAUAAUCGUCCCGAUUGGGGUUCGUGAUCCUGAGACCAGAGUCUUCUUCUCCCAACAUCGAGAAAACCCUAAACCUAACCCAAACCCUAAACAUAAAACGCUCCAAAUUUGGAAUUCGUUCUGAAAUUAUUGCGGUGGUAGAUGGGGAUCAUAAGAAGUAGCUUCUCGUUCAUCUUGGGGACGGUGUGCGGAAUAUACGCAGCUCAGAACUACAACGUUCCGAACGUCAAGAAGCUCGCUCACACCGCCCUCUUCAUGGCCAAGCACGUCGAAGAGAAGUACCGCAAGCCCAAGCAAAAGGGCGAUGAUGACUAACAUUACGAUUCCAUUUGGUCUACUCCCGUGACAGCGCCGGAUUCUCUGCGAUCAGGUUCUUCUUAUUCAUGAGACAGUUCUAAAGCAAAGGGAAAAAGAGACAAAUUGAAAGAUGGUAAUUUUGAUUUUUUGUUGAAGUUCAAGCUGCAUAAAACGAGUUUUCGAUAAGACAGAUAUGCUUGUUUUUAAGCAUUAUGCGUGUAGAGGGUUUGCUAGUUCUGCAAUCUUGAUGAGGGGUCAAAGAAUAUGCAUUGAUCUUAUGUGAAAUUGAAGGGAAAUGCAGGGUUUCCAAUUGAAGUA